GCGCAGGCGCACGUUUCGCGACUGCCGCCGGGAGCUCUUUUGUGGCAGCCGCCGUCCUGUGUGAGGUGGGUCAGCUCGGCCACGCGUCCGGCCGGCUGUCGGUUCGUCAGCCCGUCAGCCCCAGGCCUGUGUGCCACCUCCGCGACUCCCAGCGCCGGGCGGCAGAGCCCGAGGCCUGGCCGGCCCGCGCGGGCCCUGACAACGUCAGUGACGGGCUGGUGGGGUGAGCGAUGGUGCGAGAGCACAGCCCGGGGCGCGGGGCGCCUGCGGAGCCCGCCUGACCCUGACCCGGGGCGCGGGCCGGCCCCGCGGGGCUGCGCGAGUGUUCUGAGCCCCGGGAGGUGGACCCGACCCGCCCCCGCCCGGGGCGGCCGCUGAAGGAGGGUGCCAUGGAGGCCCCGGAGACCCGGGAGGCAGCUCCGUCCUCUCAAGACCCUGCUCUUCCCCUCAAAGAGAUUCCAGAAGAUAAAUUGGGUCAGAGUCUCCUGGAAGGCAGGUCCGAGGAAUUGGUGACUUUCAAGGACGUGGCUGUGGACUUCACCCAGGAGGAGUGGGGACAGCUAGACUCCCCUCAGAGGGCCCUGUACCGGGAUGUGAUGCUGGAGAACUACCAGAACCUUCUCGCCCUCGGCCCUCCUGUCUGCAAGCCAGACGUGAUCUCUCACCUGGAACGAGGCGAGGAGCCAUGGUGGGCGUCUAGAGCUGUCCCUGGAAGGGCUGGUCCAGAACCAGAAUGGGAGCCGGGGCCUGAGGUAGAGGAGCCGUGGUCUCAGCAACUGUGUGUUUACAAGGAAGAACCGUCAUGGGAGACGACCGCAGGUGGGCUGGCAAGGUCCGGUCUCCACAGUCCCGGUUCUGGCGACAGGGGCGCCCAGGGGGGCCUGGCGACUGCUCUGUCACAAUGUGAGGUCGCCAGCGCCAGGGACGGUCCCACAGAGGAGCAGCGAUGGGGCCAUGUGGUGUCUGAGGAGGCUCUUGGCCGGAGGUGCACCCUCCCGUCCCAGCCCAGCCUUCCUGCAGAAGGAGCCUCUCCGGACGGCUGCGUGGGGAGCGUGCAGUCCACCAGAGCCAGGCGUCGGAGCCCGGGUGCCGGGAGCGGCCCAUUCACGUGUGGCGAGUGCGGCAAGGCCUUCCAGCGGAGUGCGGCCCUGGCGCUGCACCGGCGGUGGCACGCACGAGAGAAGGCCUACAAGUGCGGCGAGUGCGGCAAGGCCUUCACCUGGAGCACCAACCUCCUGGAGCACCGGCGCGUCCACACCGGCGAGAAGCCCUUCCUCUGCGGCCAGUGCGGCAAGGCCUUCAGCUGCCACUCGUCCCUGAACGUGCACCGGCGCGUCCACACGGGCGAGCGGCCCUACAAGUGCGGCGCCUGCGACAAGGCCUUCAGCUGCAGUUCACUGCUCGGUAUGCACCUGCGCGUCCACACCGGCGAGAGGCCCUACCGGUGUGGUGAGUGCGGCAAGGCCUUCAACCAGCGGACACACCUGACGCGGCACCGCCGGAUCCACACCGGCGAGAAGCCCUACCGCUGUGGUGCGUGCGGCCGGGCCUUCGCCUGCCACUCGUCCCUGACGGUGCACGAGAAGCUCCACAGCGGGGACAAGCCCUUCCAGUGCGGCGACUGCCAGAAGGCCUUCAGCAGCCGCUCCCGCCUGACUCUGCACCAGCGUGCCCACACAGGCGAGAAGCCCUUCAAGUGCAGCCAGUGCGGCAAGGCCUUCAGCUGCCACUCGUACCUGGUGGUGCACCAGCGCGUCCACAGUGGCGAGAAGCCCUUCCGCUGCAACGAGUGCGGCAAGGCCUUCAGCUCCCACUCCUACCUGAUUGUGCAUCAGCGCGUCCACACCGGCGAGAAGCCCUUCGACUGCAGCCGCUGCUGGAAGGCCUUCAGCUGCCACUCGUCGCUCAUCGUGCACCAGCGCGUCCACACUGGGGAGAAACCCUAUAAGUGCGCCCAGUGCGGCCGGGCUUUCAGCCAGAAUCACUGUCUCAUUAAACAUCAAAAGACCCACUCUGCGGAGAAGCCCUUUAAGUGUCAUGAGUGUGGCGAGGUGUUCGGCUGGAGCGGCCCUCUGGCGGAGCACCGCAGGCUCCACAGCGGGGAGAAGCCGUUUGCCGUCCAGUUCGACAAGCACUUGCUGAGCACCUACUACGUGCCUGGCAGCUUACUGGGUACGGGGGGCUCUGGCGGGAGCAGCGUGGGCCCUGUUGAUGCCCUAGGCAUGGCUGAGCUCCUGGGCGUGGUCCCACCCUUGGCCGGCAGGAGUUCCCCAUGGGCAGCAACCCCAGAAAUUAACUCACGUGUGCAAGAGACACCCACCUGCCCACCUGGAAACACGACUUAAGGCUGUCACCUCCUGGGAAGGGAUCCACCAUAGGAGAGGAGAAUUGAGUGUGUUUGAGGAUGUACCGUCGUCCUGUU